CUUACUAUUUUUAGGGUGUGCGCUGGUACUUAUACCCAUUCGCGCCCUGGUUUCUGCUGAUUGUCUUCACCCUCCCUCCCGCCGCCAUGCUCUUCUCCCUCGCCCUCCUUGCGGCGAGCGUCCUCUCCGCCUCUGCCCUCAAUCCCAUCGUCCGCGACGGCUCCUUCCUCUUCGACUCCGUCAGCGGCGAACGUUUCUACCUUAAGGGUGUUGCUUAUGCUGAGAACUAUGGUUCCAGUCAGGCGACCACUGUAGAGGAGAGCGGCACUGUCAGUGCCCUCGACCCCCUCGCCAACGGCGACGGCUGCACGCGUGAUGUCACCUACUUCAAGGAACUCGACGUCAACGUCAUCCGCGUCUACCAGGUGAACGCGAGCCUAGACCACAGCACCUGCAUGGAGGCGCUGGACGCAGCUGGUGUCUAUGUCCUGCUCGAUCUCGCGACGCCCGCUGCUGCUCUUGACCCCACCUCGCCAUCAUGGGAUCUCCAGCUGAUGACGGACUACAUUACUACCAUCGAAGCGUUUGGCUCGUACUCUAACGUGCUUGGUUUCAACAUUGGUAACGAAGUCAUCAACAACGUAGAAGAUGACCAAGCUGCGCCGUACAUCAAGGCUGCCGUCCGCGACAUCAAGACUUACCUGUCUGCGCACAACUACUCCCAGCUCGUCGGUUACACUGCCACGGACUCGCCCAACUCCCGUGUGACGCUUCCAUACUAUCUUGCGUGCGACGAGGAGUCGAGCGCGAUCUUCGACUACUGGGGCCUCAACAUCUAUGAGUGGUGCGGCGACAGUACCUUCCAGACGUCUGGGUAUCAGGCACGCACGGAGGAGCUUGCCACCCUUGGCAUUCCGGCCUUCUUCUCCGAGUACGGCUGCAACUCGGUUGAGCCGAGGACGUUUGAGGAUGUGCCCGUCCUUUACAGCUCGGACAUGACCGACGUCUGGUCGGGAGGUGUCAUCUACGAGUACAUUCAGCAGGGUAACGACUACGGUCUUGUGAACAUCUCGUCCGACGGUGAUUCCGUCACGACUCUCACGGACUUCAACAACCUGAAGAGCUACUACACUAGCGUCACAGGCUCCUCGCUCAACAAGGCCUCAUACACCGCAUCCGUCACGCUCCCUGAUGCUUGCCCAACGUCAAACAGCACCUGGCCCGUUGCGACCGCUCUGCCCCCCACUCCCAACAGCGGCGAAUGUGACUGCGUUGCGAAUGCGCUUACCUGCAUCUCCACGUACUCACUUGAUGAUACGGAUAUCGGCACAGCCCUCGGCGAGAUCUGCGGUACCAGCUCGGAGGCCUGCGCGAGCGUGUCUGGGAACGGCACCACGGGCACCUACGGUGACCUGUCCAUGUGCAAUGCGCUCCAACGUCUCAACAUCGCGAUGGACGUCUACUUUAACCUCCAGAGCCGUUCCGCGUCUGCGUGCAAGUGGUCAUUCGCCACGACGGCUACGAACAGCUACAGCAACUCCGCAGCAGCUGCCAGCGCGACGAGUAGUUGCAUUGCUGCCGAUGCUUUUGUCGCUAGCACCGGCAUCCCGAGCGCUACAACGACGCUCUCCGGCGCGACGACCAAGUCGCUCGUGACAACGACGGCACAGUCGACCGGCAAGAGCUCGAGCUCGUCAGGGUCGGGGUCGAGCAGCAGCGGCAGCAGCUCCGGUGCGAUUCCCAUCUUUGGAGACGCACCGAUGAACGUGCUCUUCUUCACGAUGAUCGCCGGCCUGGUUGCGGGCGCGCUUGCGGUGGUGCCGAUGUAAGCGGCGCACCCGGAUUCAGGCGCAGCCAGCUGUAGUCUGCUCUGGUGCGGGCGCGGGCGGACUGUGGCGCUGCGUUGCGUGGAAAAAUGGGAAGUGCCUGAUGACGCUGUUUGGAUGCUGCACGGAACGAUACAGCCUCAUAUCUACUCUACAUCAGCAAACACAUGACAUGUUCAGUUCAAGGGACGAUUUCUUGAAUUUUUUCGAUAUCCUACAUACUCUCUAGCACUAGCCACGGGACUGAUGGACACAUCUAUCUUCAUCUAUUUCUCGCCGUGUUGCGUCCUAUGGCACUUGACUUACACCUAGUAUAACCUCACUUUUUGACAUUCGCUGUAA